AUGUCCUCCCCUGUCUGCAUAAUGGCGGCGGGCGCGGCGAUGCCGAACCCGGAAAAUGAAGUCCUGAGCCCGGCGCAAAUGGCCGGCCUCAUGAUGUUCACGAUGAUCGGGAGCCUCGGCGGACCGCAGUCCGACGAGAGCUACUUGGACACGUUCGAGCGGGCGUUUGACGUUCACUGUCCCGCGCCGACGCUCGAGGAAGUCAAACGGGCGUAUCUCUACGAUUUUCCGGAGGACGCCGCCGAAGAGGAAAUGAAGUACUGGCAGAAGAUCUGGGCGCGCGUCGCGCGAGCCUUAGCACGCCGCCGCCGCCGGGAGGCGCGUCUACCUCUCCUGCUCUGCCGGCGCCGCUAUUAUAAGGACGUCUACCAACGGCACCCGGAGUAUGGUGUCGCCGACAAGAUCAUGCGCCUGGCGGACAAGCUGCCCGUUGACGAGCUCCGGAGCGUCGCGGCGCGGUUAUUGGCGCUGGCCAAUGCUAAGGAGUCGCCGAGUCCCCGCGACCCCAUCGCGGAGGCCGCUGUCGUCACGGCUUUAGCGGCCGAGACGGACGAAUGGAUCGAGGCCGAGCGGGCCGCCGCGGCGCUCCGCCCGCCCCCGCCGCCGCCGCCCGAUCCGCUCGCGGGCGGCGUCCGCCUCGAGCCUGGUACUCAGGAAUCCCGAGCUCUUAUGGACAAGAUGUUCGCAAGUUUUGGUCGAGCCGCCGACGCCCGCGACGCCGCGGCCCGAAACGUCAUCGUCAAGCUCGCGCGACCGUUCUCCGGCGAGGAGGACCUCUUCAAGCACAUGGUGUCGUUCCUGUAG